AUGGCUUGUCGGAAUAACAUCUACAUUGUAGCUAAUAUGCCUGACCGGCAGCCCUGCCCCCUGUCAACAGAGCCCACCUCCUCCUGUCCAUCUGAUGGACGCUGGCAGUUCAACACCAAUAUUGCCUUUAGGUGAAGUUGAGAUCUUAAAAUAGAGACAUCUGGCUAAACUCCAGCAAAUGCAUCAACACAUGAAUUCUUAAUUUCAUUAUCUUCUAGGUCUGAUGGCCUGCUGGUGGCACGCUACCAUAAAUACAACCUUUUCCAUGAGGAGUCCUUUGACACUCCACCACAGCCUGAGAUCAUCACAUUUGAUACUCCUUUUGCUGGAAAAUUUGGCCUGCUGAUAUGCUUUGACGUCCUAUUUUACAAGCCCACUAUAGCACUAGUGGAAAAGGUAAAACCACUCACAAUUGUGUAUUUAGCUUUAUGUCCCUGUGUCGGAUCUCUUUUUUAAAAGUAGACUCUCUUCCCACUCCUUUUAGGAUGUUCGUCAGCUGAUCUUCCCUACAGCUUGGUUUAACACUCUCCCCCUGCUUGACUCUGUCCAGUACCAUCAAUCAUUAAGCCGAAGCACCAAUAUCACCCUGCUAGCAGCCAACCUCCCCCAUGAUAAUAAGAACAUGGCUGGGAGUGGUAUCUACACACCUUUUUCAUCCAUCUACCAUCACUCAAAGAGGGGAGACCCAGAGGAGGGCAAGCUGCUGGUGGCCAGGGUGCUGGUCUUAGACCCAGAGUGGUCGGGGCAGAGGGUGGCCACAGAGGAGGAGAAAUUGGAGUCUGAGUCCACUUCAUCCCCUGUUACAGACUCUGGAUUCUGUCACAGUGAGAGCUACUCUGAUGCAUCUUCAGUCCCUUCAUCAUCAGCCACAUUCACAUCAUUCAUGAUUGGUGACCCGUUCACAUUUGUCCUCCUAAAUGAAAAAGAGGGUAGGGUGAAGGUGUGCAAUGGCUCCUUUUGCUGUCACCUGCAGUACAAGCGAAUUUCACAGGGUGACAGUGAGGAGCUGUAUGCAUUUGGUGCGUUUGCUGGGCUGCACACUUUGGAUGGAGACCUAUCCCUGCAGGUAUGAACUAAAGGGUUUAUGGAUAUAGACACUGUCCUUUACAACAUGUCUCACCUGUAUCCUUCCUUCUGCAGGUGUGUGCACUCGUCCGUUGUGCAGGGUCGGACCCAAGCUCCUGUGGACAGGGAGUAGAAAAAGCUGAGACCAAAAUGGACUUUGUGAUGGAGGGGAAGUUUGGAACCAGAUAUGUGUACCCAUCAGUUUUGGCGAGUCAAAUGGUUAUAGAGGAAGUAAAGCAUUUUGACAAAUCUGCAGAUGGAAGAGUGACUUUAAAACACUCAGACAUGACUGCUGGACUGGUGACCGCCUUUCUGUACGGACAGAUGUAUCACCUGGACCAUGAAUAAAAUGCUAUUGAAAAGGUGUGCUGAAAUAUUGUAUCUUAAUAAAAAAAUAAUGUACACAGUCGUAAAAUAGUUUUAUCUAGUGUAACAAAUCAGCUGUGCUGAUCACACACUACAGUGAAUUGGAAAUGAAUUGUUUGAUUAUUUUUUUUAAAGAACUGAAAAUAAAUCUUUAUGAUCAUUUAGUUUUCCUCUGUGUUUCAGUGGUAUCAAUCCUAAAUAUCUCUUGUUUCUUUGAAGAUUUUCUUGACAUUUUAUUUUGUCCCUUGCUAUGUUUGCAGUUUUCACCUGAAUUUAGACACCCAUGUGCUGAAAUUUUACAUGGUGUGUGCUAUAUCCAGAUCAUAAAAACAAAAAAGGCUGCUUUAUGUAAUUAUUUUAGAGAAAAAGGGAUAUUAUUUUUAUUCUGAAUAUUCCUUUAAAGCUAAGACACCAAUCUUUGAACACAGAAAAACUGGGAAGAAUGUUUUCUUUUACAAAUUGAAGUUCUUCUUUUAAAUCUAACAUGAUUAUUUUUGUUAACUAUAUAAAAAAAGAACUUUUUUUUCCCCCGAAAAUGUUUUAGUUAAUUCUGAGAUAUAAUUCUUGUUAAUUCGAGAGGGACCCAACUGCAGCCCAAGAUGGCGGACCCAGAAGAUGAACUUCCACAAUACUCACUCAGAAUUACUUUCGGCGAAAUAAUUCAGGCGGAAGGGCUUUCUCGUUGGCGGACUUCCGACGCCGAAAUAUUUUGCCAAAAGUUUGUUUUUUGGUCACAUCCAUGCUGUACGUUUCUAACGGAAUUAAUUCGUCCAGCUAAAAAACAAACAACAUGUGGGAAGGUUAUUCCAAUGAUCGAUUUUUUUUCGUUAGAAGGGACUUUCGGUAGUCGGAUUUAGUCGCCGGAAGCUUUUUUUUUUUUCGCUCCGUUCAUUCCGUAAGAAUCGAAUUGAAUUUAUUAUUGAGCUAAAAACCAUAAUAAAACCUUUAUGUAUUAUUUAUGACUACUGUUUUGUUCUGAUUUAAUUCUGAAGUUUACAGUAAUAUAAAUAUAUAGACUGAUGUCCUCAUAUUCUGAUAAUUUGUCAGAAUAAUGUGUAUAAUUGUAUAUAGAAGUUAUCAUCUUACUCAAAUUCUUAUGUGAGAGUUUGCUACAAGUAUGGACUGUUUUAACCUCUUGUUACACAUCAUAUAAGAGUGUUUUCUAACUUCUCUCUCCAAUAGCUUUAUUAAACAGCACAUGAAUGUUUCUUAACUUCUCUAUGACCUUGUUUCUCCUAUUAGCAGGUGUGUGUGUGUGAUGUAUCCUCCACUGUGAAUCGUGGGAAGUAAUGAGAAGGAUCCGCUCCUAUCAGAAGGAGCUCGUUUAAUGUCACAAUGUUGCCUUGACCCUCACAUAUUUUCUGUUGCUCAUAAUUAUGUUUUAUGAGAGUGCUUACGUUGCUGCACAUAUUUUUCCCCCAUCCUUUAGUAACAUUGUGUAACCAGGGACAACCCUAAAUAAAGAGACUGGGCGGAAAUACCUUCAGAAUGGUUUUGAGAUUGCAACUAUCUCUGUCCAUUCUCCUCGAGUAAGAAACCAUUGUCUUUCUCUUCUUUAUAUGUUUUCAGUCAUUUGUUGCAGGUUUUAGACCCAACAUAAUUAUACAGCAAACAUAAUUUAUGACAUGGUGUGCUUCCUGGUGAGCCUCUUCAGGAUUGCUUGACUGUGCAAAAUCCAAGUAUACAAUAAUUGUAGAGACACAAGACACAUGAUCUGUUCAAGGUUCAGAAGAGCCAUUAAGGAAAAACUAUUGAAUUGCGAUAUCAUUACUGACUGUGUAAAGAAAUGGGAAAUUGUCAUACAACUGCCUCAAAGAUUUCUUUAAUAUUUCCCAAACAAUAAAUUGUAAACACAUUAAAAAAAUAUAAUCGUAUAUACAGGCUUCCACGUCCCAUAAUUUAGAGCGUUGCCGUCGGUGUGGUGGGGGGCUUAAAAUAUACUGCCACAGGCCAUCAUCUGCUCCGCUCUGAGUCGGGUGAUGCCAUGCUCUUGAAGUGCUUUGAUCAAAAGCU